AGGCAGAUGGCCAUUGUUCUUUCGGAAUAUUCUCCUAAUAUCACACAAAGACUUUUUUAUCUAAAUUAUUGAGGUAUUAUCCAAAUAUUACAUUAAACUGAUAUUAGUUAUGUCAAUAUUAUGUUGUUGCCUAAGUUAAUAAGGAAAAUAAUAGAUAAAUUCGUUAUAAACAAUAUCAGAGAUACAAAUAAACUUCAAAAUAGAAGAUUUUUCAUCUAUUCGUUCGAGACGAUCUUGAGAUUGAUUGGACGGCAAAAAAAUAAAUCCAAAAACUAGAAGGUAGAGACCAAAAAUUUCAAUUUCCGAUGAAAUCGGAUCGAGAUUGGAAUCCCUAUCCAAAAGAAAAUAAAAGUCAAAGGCGUUGUUGUCUUUGCCAAUUUGAGAGCAACAAAUAUAUGCGAAAGAUAUUUUGUUUAUUUUUUCUUCUUUAUUUUAGUCAUUCUUCUCAUAACUAUCAAUGAUUUGUCUAAUAAUUUUUGGUGAUUUAUAGGUAUUUAAUGUCUUGAAUAUUGAAAAUCAUAGGUGUCAAAAAUGAGUGACUCUGAAUUCGCUUACGGUUCAUCAUUAUCUCUCGAUUCCAUGAAAGUUAUUGCAGAAAGUGUUGGCAUAGGAAACCUCGGAGAUGAUGCUGCUAAAGAAAUAGCCGAUGACGUAUCAUAUCGGCUUAAAGUAAUCGUUCAAGAUGCUAUGAAAUUCAUGCAUCAUUCAAAGAGACAAAAGUUAUCCAUUACUGAUAUCGAUCACGCUCUCAACAUGAAAAAUAUUGAGGCUCAGUACGGCUUUAUCCAACCAGAUUCACUUCCAUUUAGAUUUGCAUCUGGUGGUGGUCGAGAACUUCAUUUUGUUGAAGAGAAAGAGAUAGAUUUAUCAGAGAUCCUAUCAGCCCCUCCUCCUAAGGUGCCAUUGGGUGUUUCAGUAAGAGCACAUUGGUUAAGUGUGGAUGGAGUACAGCCCACUGUACCAGAAAAUCCCCCUCCUUUAUGUAAAGAGGCUCAAAAGCUUGAAUCAGUUGAUCCAGUCAGUAAACUCAGCAAACCGUCUAAUGAAGAUGCUGCUGGCAAACCAAUGUGUGGCAAAGCUGCUCGUCUUAAGGCAUCAGAGUCUGUUCAUGUGAAGCAACUCGCUACACACGAACUGAGUGUUGAACAACAGUUGUACUAUAAGGAAAUAACUGAGACUUGUGUUGGGAGUGAUGAAAUUCGCCGAGUGGAAGCCUUACAAUCUUUGGCUUGUGAUCCUGGAUUACAUGAGAUGUUACCACGGAUGUGCACAUUUAUUUCUGAAGGUGUCAAAGUUAAUGUUGUCCAAAACAAUUUGGCUCUAUUGAUUUACCUUAUGAGAAUGGUAAAAGCAUUACUCGAUAAUCAGUCUUUAUACCUGGAAAAAUAUUUACACGAACUGAUACCAGCAGUGUCUACGUGUAUUGUGUCUCGACAAUUGUGCCUAAGGCCAGAAAUGGACAAUCAUUGGGCGCUUAGAGAUUUUGCAGCACGUCUGAUGGCACAAAUAUGCAAGACUUUUAACACUUCCACAAAUAACUUACAAACAAGAGUGACACGAUUAUUUGCUAAAGCUCUACAGUGUCCAUCGCAAACAAAUAACGAAACUGGUGUAGGGCCUUCUAUGGCCAGUAUGAAGGAGUCUGAGAAGACACCAUUGGCAUCACUGUAUGGUGCUGUCCAAGGAUUAGCAGAACUGGGACCUGAAGUUAUAAAGGUGUUCAUACUGCCUCGAGUGAGAUGGUUGGGCGAGCGCGUGGAGGGUGCUCUGAGCGGUAUCGGUGGCGCGGACCGGCUCGCAGCGGGCAAUCUCAAGCAGCAACUAUUGAAGGUGCUGGCACCCGUUGUCCGACAGUUGCGACAACCGCCCGACGUGCCAGACGAAUAUAAGCGUGACUACGGUUAUUUAGGGCCGAGCUUGCAACAGAUGGUUAGUAAGCUGCGCUCGUCGCCGGCAGGUGGCGCGGGCGGAGGCGCUGCAGUGGCGGUGGUCACUUGUACCCCGCCGCUGGUUCCCGCGCCCGCCCCUCCUGCCUCCCCCGCUCACCUGUCUAAACCAGUUGAAACAAUUGCUACCAGAAACGUAGUGAUUGCGUCUCCGGCACCGCAUUCUCCGGCGCCGGCGACGCCGCCUCCACAGAAAUUCGUUAUUGUCGCUUCGCAACAGAAGGCACAACCGAGUCAGUCAUCUAGCGGCACUGGACAUAUCGUCGUGCACAGCUCACAACCAGCCAUCGUUCGUAGCCAAAAUGUGCAGUCGGUGGUGGUGACGAGCGGGCCGGCGGCAGGGGCGCCGACCCAAAAAGUGGUUGUGGUCGGCAUGCCACCGCAGGCACCCGCCUCACAGUCCGGCCCUGUUAGUCAGGCUCCAGUGUCGGUAGUCGCCAAGCCUGUGUUUGCUCGCGGCGGGCCGCAGCCUCCGCAGCCGCCGCCUGAACUAGAUGAUUUAUCCCAUCUCGCCUGACAGCCGCGCAACUUCAGCCUCGCCGUAGUCAAACAGUAUACUAGGAAGAAGACGCAGUAGAUCCAAACACCGCACCUUAACAUAAAUCAUAGUUUAGGUAGAAACUGAAAUAAAAUUAACGAAAAUUAAGAUUCAUAUGUUUUAUUCAUAAAAUGGCAGUAUGGCAGCAGUUUUGACGAAUCUUUGCAUCAACAAGCAAUUAUAUCAAGAUAAUGCUAAAUCAACAAACAACUAAAGUCACUCACACAGUUAUGGAUUGACGAAUGAGUGUCGAUCAAGCGUACGAGAUAGAAGAUUGAAAUACAAAACAAUCCGAACAAAACAUUUCAUGGCAAAAUUCUUAAAAGCAGUAACCAAUAAAUAAGUGAAGUUCAACUGUGAUUAAAGCAGAAUCAUCAAAUUAGAACACUGGCGCCAUCUCUUGACAAUCAAGAGGAAUGAAGCUGUGACGUCCCUAAUGUGAGGCAGUUGUAGAAAUCCAAAGCGGGGGUAAACCUUCUACAUAGGUUUCCAUACAAACGAUUGGUGGUUUCUAUUCUAAUUUUUUCCCCUUGAUGAU